AUGGGUAAAGGUAAACCAAGAGGACUUAACUCUGCUAGAAAGUUAAGAGUUCACCGUCGUAACAACAGAUGGGCUGAUCAAGCUUACAAGUCAAGAUUGUUAGGUACAGCUUUCAAGUCAUCACCAUUUGGUGGAUCCUCCCACGCUAAGGGAAUCGUCUUAGAAAAGAUCGGUGUUGAGUCAAAGCAACCAAACUCAGCUAUCAGAAAGUGUGUCAGAGUUCAAUUAAUCAAGAACGGUAGAAGAGUCACUGCUUUCGUCCCUAAUGAUGGUUGUUUGAACUUUGUUGAUGAAAACGACGAAGUUUUGUUGGCCGGUUUCGGUAGAAGAGGUAAAGCCAAGGGUGAUAUUCCAGGUGUCAGAUUUAAAGUCGUCAAGGUCUCAGGUGUUUCCUUGUUAGCUUUAUGGAAGGAAAAGAAGGAAAAGCCAAGAUCAUAA